CCGAGUGGCGCCUUAACCAUCAUCAUUUCUCCCGCUUCUCCACGAAUACCAUCACAUUCAACACCAAUUCCUGCGCCUCUCUCUCGGUUUUAUUUUUCACCAAUCCAACCGACAAUUAUCGCACAGCUUCUGCUCUUCAACCCUCUUUCUUCCCGCUUCGCCUAUCAAAACCUACCCAAAUCGGACCUGCAUCCACCUUUUCACGCCUGCUCCUUGUCGGCGGUCAUCGGUAAAUAUGUCGAAACGCAAAUGGGGCGCCGAUACACCACUGGAAGAAGCCCUGGCCUACGAGGAACAGCUCAUUCGAACGCACAGGAGAAAAUGCUACGAUUAUCUCACGGACCUUCCACCUCCAAAUUACCGCUAUGUGGAUGCGAAAGGGGAUACGACGUUCGAUAUUUCCCGCUUUAGGUCUCAAACCACACGGGAAGCUGUCCAUCCCAAAGUUACUGAGAAGCGGAGAAGACGCAGAGCAGAUUCGGCUUAUGAGCAGUAUUACCAGCACAUGCCCAAGGAUCAUAACAUUCCCCUUGCAGGCAAAAAGUCCGCCAAGUUGGCUCUGAUUGAGGCAGAGGAGGCUCUCGCAGCCAGAAAGGACUCGGGAAAGAACAAUUCUCCUGAAAACGAUGCCUCCUCAGCACUGCUCUCGCCUCCGCUCUCCGCCACCAGUCUAGUGGGCAUCAAUUUACCUCCCCCUAGCUCUCCACUCAAGGGUGAGAGGGGAGGAUCACUUCCUGCAACGCCUGAAAAGGAGGAUGCAUUCCAGAAUCGACCAUCGAUCAAACUUGUAAUGCCCGACCACCUGAAGGCAAUGCUUGUCGAUGAUUGGGAAAACAUUACCAAAAGCCAGCAGCUCGUGCCUCUCCCACACCCGCACCCAUUUGACGAGGUAGUCAAGGAGUAUUUGGACUGGGAGAUCCCCCAUCGUCCAGAAGACUCAGCCGAGAAGGAUCUUCUUGAAGAGACCAUGGCUGGGUUGCGAGAGUACUUCAAUCGAGCUCUUGGGCGCAUUUUGCUAUACAAGUUUGAGCGAACGCAAUUCAUGGAGAUUUCGGAGCAGUGGGAAUCUCCCAAAAAUGAAGGACACAAGUGCCCUGCCGAUACAUAUGGUGGCGAGCAUCUCCUUCGCUUACUAGUGAGCCUUCCCGAGCUUGUUGCCCAGACAAACAUGGACCAACAAUCAGUCAACCGUCUCCGCGAGGAGAUCACCAAGUUCACCAACUGGUUGGGGAAGAACUAUACCAAGUACUUUGUCAGCGAAUAUGAGACGCCCGGUCCAGACUAUAUUGAGAAGUCUCGGAGCGCCUGAUCAGCUUAAAUCUAUACAGUAACCGACCUAGCGGGGCUGUCUUAAUUAACUAGAUUUCUUGGUCCCUUUGCUAUCCCGAUACUACUAUUCCAUCCUAAAUUUUGCGUGGCCAAUCCGGAUGACACUAUCAUGUAUAUGGAGCGCGGAGAUUAAUGACACAAUGAAACGCCUUGUUUUUCCAGUGCAGCG